CCUCCCACCACAAACACAGCAUCAGGGGGGUGAGGGUCUGCGGUCAGCCACCCUCCUUCCUGCUAACGCACCAUUCCCAUUCACAGAGAUCCUCCCUGUUUUUCUAGAAUGGAUGGCUUUGCAAAUUGGAAAACAGCUGCCCUGGUAGAGAACAUUAGGGACGGCAUCAGCAGCGAAGGCGGCAACAACAACACAUGAAGCCUCCCUGCAUGUCCUGCUUCCAUAAAGCCCUGCCUGCUCAACCCCUGCAGCUCCACAGACCGCCAGCAAUGUAGCAGCAGAAGGGCCAUUGUUAAUUGGAAACCUUAUUGUGGGAUUUAACUACAUAAACUGAAAAGACUAACAAGUCACAAGAGAAUCCAAACAACCAACACCAAGUCACAAGAGACCUUACCCCAGUGAUAAGAAGCGCCAUAGAUGUCUGGUGAGUGCACAUGACCAGACUCCAAGACUCCAAUCCAAGACUCAUUCCUUCGUACAGUCACAGCCUCACACAGCGGUAUCCCGGCGCACCACAACCUGCCAUCCAGCCGACCUGUAAACUAGAAAAUCAUACGACUUUUCAGAAGGCUCAAGCGUCUAAUGCAGACUUGUCCAUGCUAAGGAGGCUAAUGUGACAUUGCAGCCGCUUAAUCCUGCUCCAUCAUGUGACUCAGAAAGUGACUUAUUAUCCCAGGAGCACAAGCCAGCAUCUGCAGACCUUCUGCAUCCUUCUCUAAGGCUGGAAGCUGUGCCUCAAGAGUAGACACUUCAGAGCCGAGGAGGUAGGGUACGGCAGUGCUUGCAUCAAACUAGAGAAUGAGACAUAAGAAGAACUCUGACAUAUCUUCAUGUGGUGCAACGACAAGGGGAGGCGUAGUGUCUCCUACAUGAGGUCUCCUGGAAGCACUGUCUGAAGACAAGAACUUUUAUUUUCUAAGGGGAUUAUAAGACUCGCUGCUACCAUUCAAGGGACUUUAAGACAUUUUGUUCCAAAUAUAUGAGCUUCCUCCCCCAAUUCUGAACACUUCUGAUACCAUCUGGCUGUGACCUGUGGUCUGUGACUGUUAUAUUCUACCAUUGUAUAAUAAGACGACUAACAAAAGGUGCCCAAAUGUUGACCAUGACGGCAAUGUAUAUGAAUGGAGGAGGUCCUGGCAACCAGCGGUACUCCCGCUGGAACCGCCAGGACAGCUUGGAAGAUUAUGUCCGGUCAGAGUGCUAUGAAAAAGAUGGAGAGGGGAAACAGCGCAAGCUAACACCCUUUGAGAAGCUCAACCAAGACAUGUCACGUGACGAGAAGACAGUCAAGGAGAUGGCUCUGGGUAAAAGAAUCGGUCUUUAUAGGUUGCGUGGAGAAAUUGGAAGUGGAAAUUUCUCACAAGUGAAACUUGGGAUUCAUGUACUUACCAAAGAAAAAGUGGCAAUAAAAAUAUUGGACAAGACCAAGCUGGACCAGAAGACACAGCGCCUGUUGUCACGAGAGAUUUCCAGUAUGGAGGAACUGCAUCACCCUAACAUCAUCAGACUUUAUGAGGUGGUGGAGACUCUGUCUAAGAUGCAUCUUGUGAUGGAGUACGCGGGAGGAGGGGAGCUUUUUGCCAAAAUUAACACAGACGGAAAAUUAUCUGAAUCGGAAAGCAAAGUGAUCUUUUCACAGAUAGUGUCUGCUGUGAAGCAUAUGCAUGAUAACCAAAUCAUACACAGAGACCUGAAAGCCGAAAAUGUCUUCUACACCAGCAACACAUGCGUGAAGGUCGGAGACUUUGGAUUUAGCACAAUUAGUAAAAAAGACGAGACUCUGAACACCUUUUGCGGCUCUCCUCCAUAUGCUGCCCCAGAACUUUUCCGAGAUGAACACUACAUCGGCAUUUUUGUUGAUAUCUGGGCAUUGGGCAUUCUCCUAUACUUUAUGGUGACAGGCAGUAUGCCAUUCCGAGCAGACACAGUGGCCAAAUUAAAGAAGUGCAUUCUUGAUGGAACGUAUACCAUUCCUCCGUACAUAUCCGAACCCUGCCAGAGGCUGAUCAAAGGGAUGCUUCAGCCUGCACCUUCGGAAAGAUGCAGUGUGGAUUAUAUCAUGAACAGUGAAUGGAUGCAUGGUAUACAGUAUCCAAAACCAUUAGAACCUUUCAGUCUGGAUCCAAAACACCUGUUGGAUACAGGUACCCUUAAGGACGAUGAAACAGAAGUGAAGAACACUUUGGAAAAUUUGGGCAUUAUGGAGGAUCAUAUUCUUAACAACCAGGGCAGAGACUCUCGCAGCUCAAUAACGGGGAUAUAUCGGAUUGUACUCCACAGAGUCCAGAAGAAAAGAACAGUGGAGAGCGUUCCAAUCAUAACCAAUCCAGAACCGAAAGAAAAGCCCACAAAGAGGCCUCACCGAACCCGCCGAGAAAUCAGGCACACGUCUAAAUUUUGUUCCAUUUUAUAAAAUGUUUCAAAUUUUUAAAAAUGGACUAUGUCCCAGAGAUGACAGGCUGCUUACUUUUUAUCUUUUUACACAAUUUUUCAGUGAUGCCUUUAACACCUUUGCAAAUAUUUCACCCACAAACAGCUACUGUAUAAAUGACUUGCUCUAAGGGGUUUCAAUGUGCCAAUGCUAUCAAGUUCACAACCACACAAUAAUAGAAGAAGCAACAGUAGUCCCAGUGCAUUCUGGUGCACUCCGUUACGGUUAGUUCAGUUUUGUCCCCAUUGACAAUGAAUGGGCACAAAACUGAAGCGUUGUGCUGCGGUUUUGAGAUCCUGUGCCGGAUGUCAAAAUCGGUCAGCACAACGCUGAUGUGAGAGUAGCCUUAGUCCUUACCUUCUACUGGAUCAUUACUGAUCUCUACUUCCUGUUUCCACUUGACACACAGGAAAUACUGCUUAGUCAAUCACUGGCUCCAGUGGUGACCUGCACAACCCCUUUAAAUAAGUAUUCUGGUAACAAGAAGUUAACCUCUAUCCAUUAGAUAGGGAGUAACUGUUAGAUCAGUGUGGGGUCUGACCUCAAGGACCCCCAGCGAUCACAAGAAGAGUGAUCCCAUGUCCCUUAUUUGAGUGGAGCAAUGGUUGAGCAUGCACACCACCUCUCUAUUCGAAGCGUAUGCUGAAGAUAGCCAAGUACAGGGCUCAGCUAUCCCAGUCCAGAGUUUAAAUGAAGGAGUAGUGUACAUGCUUGGCUUCAUUCAGAUGGGGGCAUGGGACGCCCAUUCUCAUGUUUGGGGAGAGGUCCCACUACUACUGAUCAAAUAAUUAUUUACUAUCCAAUGAAUAGGGGAUAUCUUCUUGCGACCAUAAUACCCCUUUAAGGGAAGGACUAUUAUGACAUUAGAAAUAUUGGGUUACUAUUUUUUUUAGUAUGUUCCACCAUUACUCUACAGUUCCUGCUGCCAAUAAUAGUCCUGGUCUAGAGAUUCAGACCUCUGUGUCUGGAUCCAGUGACAAACGACUUACCGGACCAUCGUAAAAUAUGAAUCAUUUGUACAAAAGACUGGUCAACCAGAUCUCUAGAUCAGGGUUCUCAUUGUCACUGGUAACAGAUGCAAUGAUCCAGGUAAAACAUAUGCCUCGUCCAGGCCUGAGGGCGGCGGGACAGAGGUAUUUACUCUUUGGUAUUCUUUAAAUCUCAGUGUCAUGCACCGCCCCUCAGACCAUGUAGGAAUAGAGCAUGGGGUUGAGCAUGCCCAAUACCCCACCAUUAUCUCUAUUGGACUACUAGAGAUAGCCAUGGUAGUGGGCAUGCUCAACCAUCGCUCCAUUACACUGUGGAAACUGGGCCUCCUUAUCAUGGUUGUGGGUGUCCCAGCAUUCAGACCCCCACUGAUCUAACAAUUAUUCUCUUCCCAGUGGACAGGGGAUAACGUUUUCUAACCAAAAUACUAUUUAAAAAAAAUUCAGGUUUCCAUAUUUUAACCAUGUAGAAUAGCACACCAGGCUAUGCUACCCUUCCAUUUCGUGACAGAAUGAACACUAUCGGAUAGCAUUUGGCCAUGGGACAGGAUAACAUGGGUGAACACACCAGUAUGAAUGUCAUAGGGGCACACAUUAGGCAGUUUCCAUUAAUGCAGUGGUAUAUUGCACGGUUCAUACUGGUAUCUUGGCUCUGUUUAUAACAUGGAAUACCAAUUGAGCCUGUUGACGUAUAAUAGGACACAUCAGGGUCCUGGUAGUCUACCAGGGGCAUGAUACAUCUACAUAAUUCUUCUGUUCAGUGCUACAAUCAUGUAAAUAGGUAGGCAAUGCAUAUGAGAACAGAACACAGAGAGCUGUCCAUACUAGAAGCCUGACUCUAGUGCCUUGCUGCAGGUUGUUGUAGUCCACAAUUUUGGAACCAAGAAAAACGGCUUUUGGGGAGACAUUGGAAGAAAAAAAAAAGUGCUACAAUGAUGUGUUGUCAUCAUGGAUGAUUAUUGGAUUUAUGUAUCAGUACUUUGCUGGUGGAAUUGCUCUUUCAUGAGGUUGAGCAAAUCUUCUCUAAAACUGCCCCAGAUAUUAGAUUAGUUUAUUGUCUAUGAUGCUGUCCAGACUGUUGGGGAACAUUAGAUAAAGACAGGUUAACAAUUCAUAUACACCCACGACAUCAGGGUACGUGAACAUGUGACAUCUCCAGGUUUUCCAGGAGUUUGAUAAAUAUCUGAUUGGUGGGGUCUGACAGCCAGCAACCCCGCUGAUCAGCUGUUUGAAGGGGCUGCGGUGGUCCAGUGAGUACCACAGCCUUUUGCCAGGCCGGUGACAUCAAGUUCAUCAGUCACGCGGCUUAGGCGCAGUUCAGUGGCUGAAAUACCAACUGCUAUAUAAUGUGCAUCGCUGUGCUUGGUAAGUUGUGAGGAGGCCGCCUCGCCCACCAGAGCACUAUGGUCUCUUCAAUCGGCAGGGGUGCUGGGGGUCUGACCCCCAUUAAUCAGAUACUGAUAAACCACCCAGAGGAUAAGUCAUCAAUAUCUUUUAAUGAAGAUGAUAGGAAGAUCACAGUAAUCCUCCCUGCUCCUUUGCUUGUCCCAUGACAUAAUAUAC